AGGAAAACUGUAGGGUACUUUCAGCAUAGCUCAUGGCUUUAUUAAACCAUUGAAGAUGAGCCUAAAAGGAUUGGCUUUUGUCAUGACACUGAUUUUUUCAGGAGAACUCUUUGCAGAAGAUAAAUCCUGUGACAUGCCUAAUGUUGAACAUGGAAGGAUUGCUCAAUAUUAUUAUACUUUUAAAAAUCAUUACUUUCCAAUGGACCUAAACAAAAAACUUUCAUUUUCUUGCUUGGCUGGAUAUUCGACCAAGACUGGGAAACAAGAAGAUAUAACUACAUGUACGUCAGAAGGAUGGUCCCCAAAGCCAGAGUGUUUCAAAAAAUGUAACAAACCAGUCUUGAAUAAUGGCUUCUUUUCUGACCAGAAGAUGUUAUACAAAAUUCAAGAAACUCUCCAUUACAGAUGUGCUUCAGGAUAUAAAACUACUGGAGGAAAGGAUGAAGAAGUACUACAAUGUCUUGCCAAGGGGUGGUCUUCUCAGCCAAGUUGUAACAAGGAACUUGAAACUUGCCUGGUCCCUGAGUUAUAUCACGGGAAUUACUCCACAAGCCAGAAGAUCUUCAGAGUAAAAGAGAAACUGAGCUAUGCCUGUGAUGAUGGAUACUUCACUAUUGGGGGAAAGAGAUCUGAAGAGGCAGAAUGUCAUCCGUAUGGAUGGUCUCUCACUCCAAAAUGUACUAAAUUAACCUGCUCUCCUUUAAGAGUAAUAGAAAAUGGACACUUUAAUCCCAUGAAGAAAACCUAUGAAGAGGGAGAUGUAGUUCAAUUUUUCUGCCUUGGAAAUUACUAUCUCAGUGGGUCAGAUUUAAUUCAGUGCUAUCAUUUUGGAUGGUACCCAGAACCUCCAGUGUGUGAAGAAAGAAGAAAUAGAUGUCCUCCACCACCGCUGCCUCCAAAUGCCAAAAUGCAAACUCAUCCCAAUACCUUCUGGCAUGGAAAAGUAAUUCACAUAGAAUGUGAGCUUAACUUUCAGAUGGAAGGAUCAGAAGAAAUACGCUGUGAAAACGGGAAAUGGACAGCACCUCCAAACUGCAUUGAAAUAAAGGAGAAAAUAGCAUGUGAGGAGCCACCUGCCAUCAUGAAUGGCACAGCAAACCUCCUUUCCAAGAUCUAUUACAGUGGGGAUAAAGUGACAUAUACUUGUGAAAAUGGUUACCAUCUUGAGGGAUCUGAUGAGAUAAUUUGUAAAAAUGGAAAAUGGACCCCAUCUCCCAAAUGCAUUGAAAACAGUGAAAACUGUAAGCCUCCACCUGAGAUUGAACAUGGGACUAUUGCUGAUGAAUUAUUGCCAAGCUAUGUAACAGGGUCCUCAGUGGAAUAUAGAUGCAAUGUAUAUUACUUGUUGAAUGGAUCUCAGAAAUCACAGUGUGUGCAAGGAAAGUGGUCAACUCCACCUAUUUGCUUAGAGCCAUGCAUUGUUAAUGCUGAUCAUAUGAACAGUAAUAACAUAGAAAUGAAGUGGAAUAUUGAAGGAGAGAGAUACUUUUUACAUGGUGAUAAUAUAGAUUUUGUAUGUAAACAGGGAUAUGAUUUAUCCCCAUCAACGAGACCUUCUGAACUGAUAGUACAGUGUAACAGAGGAGAACUGAAAUAUCCAACAUGUGUUAGAAAAGAAUCUGAAGGAAAGUGUGGGUCUCCUCCAAUGAUUAGAUAUGGCAAUAUUAUUGGCUCAUCACAAAAGAGUUAUGAAAAUGGCUCCUCAGUAGAGUAUAGAUGUUUAGAUUAUCAUUUCCUGCAAGGGUCCAAGAUAGCCUAUUGCUUGCAGGGACAGUGGACUACGCCACCUUCAUGUUUAGAACCUUGCAUGUUAUCUUCAACUGAGAUGGAAAAUAAUAAUUUGAUUUUGCAAUGGAGUUUUGAUGACAGGCCUUAUUUUUUCCAUGGCGAGUACAUUUCAUUUCUCUGUAAAGGGAACACUUUUCUAGCUGCAUCUUUUACGGAAUCUGAAUUGAGAGUGCAGUGUCACAGAGGGCAACUGAAAUAUCCACAGUGCACUGAAAAAUAAAGGAUUUAAUACAACCAACAACUAUUAAGGAUAUGAAAAAAUGAUGGAAAGAAGAGGCACAUUUGAGAGCAUCAUAAAAUACAUUGUACUUAAGAAGAAUAAAAAUAUCAUUUACAAUAAAUUACCAUUUGAGCUUUUUACAACUUUCAGCCAGA